ACUUUCCAAAUAAAACGGAUCCAGCUGUGUGCGGCUGUGCGCCCUCUGUACGUCACAUCGCUCUGCUACUCGGUGGACAGACAGCAGUGACUAGGAGGAGGAAGAGAAAGGAAGAUGUCCGGUACUAUGCUGCUGUCGGUAUCUUUGGGUUUGUGCGUGCUGUGGGCGACCAGCGGGACAGAGCGAGGCGAGGCAGUUAUCCUGCGGGGUGCCCUGGAGCGGGGCCCGGUCAGUCUGAACGACAUGUUCCGAGAGGUGGAAGAGUUGAUGGAGGAUACCCAGCACAUACUGGAGGAGGCGGUGGAUCAGAUAACUACUGAGAGUGCUAAAUCAUCUUUAACAUCACCAGAUCUGCAUCCCAACCACCACAGUCAAACCAAGAAGAUUGUUAAGAAUGGAGACAGAGACAUUCAGGUCCUAGAUAGGACUGACAAGGAAACUAAUAACAAAACAGGAGAAACUCAUCUUUCACACAUCCAUAUGGAGAUCUCUGGUCUGUGGAACACUGUGGAUCACGAAUGCAUGGUGGAUGAGGACUGUGGUGACAUGAAAUACUGCCUCUAUGAGAUUGAGAACUCCAAGUGCCUCCCCUGCAUACCAACAGAUAUGCCCUGCACUAAGGAUGAGGAGUGUUGCUCAGAUCAGAUGUGUGUGUGGGGCCAAUGUACAGUCAAUGCCACCAGAGGAACAGAGGGAACUAUCUGUCAGGGUCAGAGUGACUGCAUGCAGGACCUCUGCUGUGCUUUUCAACGAGAACUGUUAUUUCCGGUGUGUAACCCCAAACCUGGGAAAGGGGAGUCUUGUCUAAGCCACCCCAACCUGUUAAUGGAUAUGCUGGCCUGGGACCAGGAGGGUCCCCGUGACCACUGCCCGUGUGCCGACUACCUCCAAUGCCAACCUCAUGGACGUGGAUCUGUCUGUGGGGAGUAAUACUGGAGAAUGAAAAGCAUGAGGAAGUUAAAUUUAACGACAUAAACCUGUCCAGAAGCCAUGCUAACAUCCUGACUGAUCAUUCACCAAAGAACAGCCCACCUGCUGCCCAACAGUUUAUUACAGUACAGGAUACUGCUUCAGGACAGGACUUGCACUGUAUUAUUUAUGCCUUACUACCAAUCUGUAUUAUGAGUCAUGAAGGAAAUAAAAGACUUGUUUUCGGUUUUGACCGAGAACCAAGAAAA